GGCUCUUGCAUCAUCAAGAGUGAGUGAGUGAGUGAGAGGGUGUUCGGCAGCAAUGGCGCUUGUGAAACCCAUGACCAAUUUCGGCAAUGUUACAACUCCCAAGUUUGGGAAUACCAGAAGCAGCAGCAGUGGCAAGUGGAGCACCAUGAUCAGAAUGUCGUCGUCCUCCUCCACCACCAAAAAGGGCAAGGGCGCUCCUAAGAAAGCCAUCAAGGAGACGCUGUUGGCGCCACGGUUCUACACCACCGACUUUGACGAGAUGGAGACCCUUUUCAACACCGAAAUCAACAACAAUUUGAACCAGGCCGAGUUUGAGGCUCUGCUUCAGGAAUUCAAGACCGACUACAACCAGACCCAUUUUGUGAGGAACAAGGAGUUCAAGGAAGCUGCUGAUAACCUCCAGGGACCCCUCAGACAGAUCUUUGUCGAGUUCUUGGAGAGGUCUUGCACCGCUGAGUUCUCUGGCUUCCUUCUUUACAAAGAGCUUGGAAGAAGGCUCAAGAAAACCAAUCCAGUUGUUGCUGAGAUUUUCUCUCUCAUGUCCAGGGAUGAAGCCAGGCAUGCUGGUUUCUUGAACAAAGGCCUAUCUGAUUUCAAUUUGGCAUUGGACUUGGGGUUUCUCACCAAGGCCCGAAAAUACACCUUUUUCAAACCAAAAUUCAUCUUCUAUGCUACUUAUUUGUCUGAGAAAAUUGGAUACUGGAGGUACAUUACCAUAUACAGGCAUCUCAAGGCAAAUCCCGAGUACCAGUGCUAUCCCAUUUUCAAGUAUUUUGAGAAUUGGUGCCAGGACGAGAACAGACACGGUGACUUCUUUUCCGCACUCAUGAAGGCACAACCCCAGUUCCUAAAUGACUGGAAGGCAAAGUUGUGGUGUCGAUUCUUCUGCUUAUCGGUAUAUGUGACAAUGUACCUAAAUGAUUGCCAACGGACAGCUUUCUACGAAGGCAUUGGGCUCAAUACAAAAGAAUUUGAUAUGCAUGUCAUCAUUGAGACGAAUCGCACAACAGCCAGAAUUUUCCCAGCCGUGCUUGAUGUUGAGAACCCAGAAUUUAAAAGGAAACUUGACCGCAUGGUGGAGAUUAACCAGAAGCUCAUUGCUGUUGGGGAGAGCGACGACAUUCCCCUGGUGAAAAAUCUGAACAGGAUACCAAUUGUUGCUGCAUUGGCCUCUGAACUUCUGGCUGCAUACUUGAUGCCACCCAUCGAGUCCGGAUCGGUCGAUUUUGCAGAGUUUGAACCCCAAGUGGUGUACUAAUUUCGUACAACUUCAUUGUCAUCCCGUAUCAUGUUCAGCCAAGUGUUUCUGUUAGAGCAUAGUUACUAUGCCUUGCAAAACCCGAUGUAACAAUCUAUGAUACAAUGCGUUGUUUCAGUACACUGUUUCAUAAGUUCAACUAUAUAUUUGUUAAACCUUUUGAAAAAAAAAAACAAGGAAAUUCAAGGACUUUUGAAUAGC